GCUAAUGAAAUGCUAAUGCCGGGGCGCGGAGCCGGGCGCUGCCCGCCGCCAAUAAAACCCGGCGCGGCGCGGGGGGCCCUGCCCGCCGCCAGCCCGCCGCGAUGCAGAGCGCGACCCCCAGCCGCCCCGCCGGCUCUGCACCUCCUCACCUCUUACUUCAUCGACAGCAUCCUGGGCCGGGGCCCGGCCGGGGGGCGGCACGGCGAGGCGCGCGCGGCGCCCCCGCCGCGGCCUGGCCGAGCGCGCGCCCCCGCCGGGGAGCCCGGGGCGGCGGAGCGAGGCGGGCGGGCGGGCGGCGCGGCGGCGGCGGCUCCGGGGAAGAGGAAGCAGCGGCGGUACCGCACCACCUUCAGCACCUUCCAGCUGGAGGAGCUGGAGCGCGCCUUCCGCAAGUCCCACUACCCCGACGUGUUCACCAGAGAGGAGCUGGCCCUGCGCCUGGACCUGACGGAAGCCCGGGUGCAGGUCUGGUUCCAAAACAGAAGGGCAAAGUGGAGGAAACGUGAAAAAAAUGAAAUUCUGGGGACUGUUCCAGGAAUCUCCUUAACGCACCCACUUCGUCUAUUUUUGGAUGUUCCACUGAGUCAUUCUCCCUUCCUAGAUCACACGUGGAGGUCAAUGCCUCUUUCAACAUUGGCUGUGCCAUCCAUGUCUCCAGCCUUUAGUCCUUCAACCCUAGGGCCAUUUGGCCUCAGCAGCCUUACCUGGACUUCUCUCUUCAGAAAUCCCAUUUUAAAUCCACAUUUUGGAAGGUUUCUCAGUGCUUUAAAUCCUCUCAUGACAACAGCUUCAGUACUAAUGAAAACUCCUGGACCUCCAUCAGACCCUGCUCUUACUGCCUUCACUGAUCCCGCAGCAGUUGAAAGGAAAACGUCAAGCAUUGCAGCACUAAGACUCAAAGCGAAAGAACAUUCAGCACAAAUCCCUCAAUUAAACCUCAUGUCCAGUCUUACAAACACUAACAAAGAACUUUGUUAGGAGCUCUCCCACAGCCUACAGCCGCAGAGGGGAAAGGGAAUGCCUUCUCCAAUAAGUAGCUCCUGCUAGAGAGACACAUUUUAAAAAAAAAAGAAAACACACACACACAUAGAGCCAUAGUUGCUCCAUCUUCAGUAAUGGACUGAAAGGAAAUAACCCCACUAAAAAUUGGUUUCCUUCAUUACAACGUGAAAUCAGGUAGCAAACUGGCUUGUAUCAUUUCUGACACUACAGAAAUAGAAGCAGGAACUAUCUCAUCUUUGUCAUUCAGGCUAACAUGAAUCCGAAGCUUUGAAAUUCCCAAACUCAUCAGAUGCUAGUCCAAAGGUUCAGAAUUCUUUGUAGUAGUAACUUCUGUUUUCUAAGCAAUUCUUAACUGAUUUCUCAGGAGGAACCCUUACAUGCAGUACUUGAGACAUAAGAUUCAGUACACAGUUACUAACUUUGAGGCCAUGCUUCAUGUUGAAGUGCAAACGCCAGUGAAAUCUCACAUUUUAGACAGACUUAGCAGGAACAAGAUGGGAAUUAUUUUCAGUAUAGGCUUUUGAUUCAGAACUGGGUUUGUAUAAAGAGUACAUUGUUUCAAACUAAAAAGAAAAUGGUUAUGUUCAAAGUUUAACCUUUGUAUAUGAAAACUGUAUCCUGUGGAAGUAGGUUAUCAAUGUGCAGUAAAUUGUGUGUAGUUCUCUAUAUAUGUAUAUCAGUAAGUAGCUCAUGGCUGUAAAUACGAGGUCGCUGAAUACUUUUUGCAUGCUUACUGGCACAUCUUACCAGACCAGUAAGUUAACAGAUUACUUACACAUUUCCAGACAUUUCAUGGCUUGAGUAGGUUCAGAAUUUAAGUGAAAACUACAUGUGAAGUAUUAAAUUCUUCCUUGGACUGAUGUUGGAAUGAGUGAAAACGGAGGCCUUGCUGAGCAGGAGUCUGUAAUUCCAUCAAAGUCCUGGACUCCCUUUCUGGCCUGAGGUCAUUUUUAAGUUUUUGCAGAAUUUCCCCAUCCAGAAAAUGGGACUGAGAACUAUCUCAUCUAGAGGUCUGAUGUUUUAAUGUAAAGUGAGGGUAAGUAGUAUCCUCCUCCUUUUGCAGCUUACUCACCUACCUCACAGGGCUGUUGUGAGGACUGAUUAAACAAACAUGACACUGUGCAAA